UGUCUUAACAGAGUGAGGGGAGCAACAAUAUGAUGGACCUUUUUGAGACCAACGCUUAUCUUUUCAAUGAUUUGCGUUAUUUGGAGGAGGGCGAUCAUGGAGCACUCCAGCACCUGGACAUGGCCGGAGUGUCUCCUUUGUACAACGGCACCGACAGCCCGCUGUCUCCGGGCCAGGAUAAUAAUAUUCCGUCUGAGACCGGUGGGGAGAGCAGUGGGGAGGAACACGUCCUGGCUCCUCCGGGUCUCCGCUCGCACUGCGAGGGCCAGUGCCUCAUGUGGGCCUGUAAGAUAUGCAAGAGAAAGUCGGCGCCCACGGACAGACGCAAGGCCGCCACGCUCCGGGAGAGGAGGAGGCUCAAGAAGAUCAACGAGGCCUUCGAGGCGCUCAAGAGGAAGACCGUGGCCAACCCCAACCAGAGGCUGCCCAAGGUGGAGAUUUUACGUAGCGCCAUUAGCUACAUUGAGAGAUUACAGGACCUGCUGCAAACGCUGGACGAGCAGGACAAGUGUCCAAACGGGUCGUCCCACAACAGUAAAGAACACAAUACGUUGCCUGGAAACAACUGGAAAACAUCCUCUGAACCUUGGCUGACCACCGCUGACCAUUCCGCCGCCGCGAUGGCAACAAAAAGAGAAGGAAACAGUGGGUCGUCCGCGUCCUCCAGCCUCCUGCGUCUGUCCUCCAUCGUUAACAGCAUCACCAACGACGAGAAGAUCAGCUACAGCGAGGACGUCUUAGAAAACUAGAGUGCAGACGUUUUUGAAAAAUCGAAAAUUCCCAUUGUUUAUCUCCAAAUUGUUUCCAUGAUAGUCAGCGAUUCCGGCCUCUGUUGUGUUUUUCAUUUGUACAUAUUUUAUAACAACAUGAUGUUUGGAUUUAUUUAUUUUGUAUUCAAAGGCAGAUAGACUGGUAAAUAUUUGUACAUAACUGACUUUGAAAAUAAACUUUUGCAUCACA